CCAUAAUUCCACAUUGGCCGACACGGAGCUGGUUUGUGGACAAAACAUGGAGUCUGUUGUCGUCGUUUGUGAGAACUUGACGCGGGAGAAUCAAACGAAAAGCCAAAGGUCGGUCGCCGCACACAAAAUGUCGGGAAAAGUGUGACGUUAGGGGACACGUUACCCGAAGACUGCAGUACCCACAAUUCAGCGCGAGGCCUCGAGGUUUCCGGUGUCGGUGACCGUCAGACUGUCAGCAGGAGAAAGGUGAAAGUUGAGGUUAAUGUGUGUGGAUGUAGUGUCUGUGGAGAGCUGUGAUGCCCCUGGAGGUCAGAUGGCCGUUCCCACAGUGCCCUGCUUUGGCAUGGAGGAUCUCCAGCUCACUGAUCAUGGGCAUGGUGGGCUCCUAUUCCUACUUCUGGACCAAGUACAUGAACUGUUUGACGGUCCACAACCACGAGGUGUUGUUGAACCUGAUUGACCAGAGACCCUCUGACACACCCCUCAUCACUCUGUGCAAUCACCAGUCCUGUAUGGAUGACCCACACAUCUGGGGUGUGCUCAGGCUCAGACAGCUGUGGAAGUUCAACAAGAUGCGGUGGACCCCAACGGCAUCUGACAUCUGCUUCACAAGAGAGAUGCACUCCAGAUUCUUCAGCCGUGGAAAGUGUGUCCCCGUCUGCAGAGGCGAUGGUGUUUACCAGAAGGGUAUGGAUUUUAUUCUGGAGAAACUGAACAGAGGAGAAUGGGUGCACAUUUUUCCGGAGGGCAAAGUCAACAUGACUGAAGAAUUCAUACGAUUAAAAUGGGGUGUGGGUCGGCUGAUAGCAGAGUGCUCCCUUAAUCCCAUCAUCGUGCCGCUCUGGCACGUGGGUUUGAGUGAUGUUCUGCCGAAUGUGACGCCUUACAUUCCUCGGACUGGCAAGAAAAUCACUGUCCUGGUGGGGAAACCGUUCAGUGUGAAAGACCUCGUUGAAUCCCUUCGAGCCGAAAACAAGAGCCAAUUGGAAAUGAGGAAGACCUUGACUGAUUUCAUCCAGGGGGAGUUUCGGAGCCUGAAAGCCCAGGCUGAGGCCCUCCAUGGGCAGAUCCACACCAAAUCCUGAGUCCCAACCGUCCUGCUUUCGUCGGCUGCGCUCCUCACAGCCAACCAGACUGACGAUCCUUUACCCUGAAACUGAGGGUAAUACCUUAAAUACGGGACUGUUUUUACUUGGUUUUUUGGAACCCACUCCCCCCCUUCCCACUGCUGGAGCACCCACACCUCCACACUCUGAAUCCACCGAGUCAUGACGAAGUAAAGAACGUUUUGCUUCUUAAGCUGUGUUGUGAUCACGAUCGGCGAAAAACGGGUGUUUUUGUAAAUUUUGGUGCAACAGCAGCUCCUUUGUACGUCAGCCAUCGUUUAAAAGCAGGCAUCGUGUUUUUAUACAAUUUCGCAAAAUACGUGGCAAGGAUAGGCUCCAGUCCACUGCCACUCAAAGCAGGAUAAACAGUUUAGAAAGUAGAUAGAUGGAUGAUUGAGUUACUUGAUUUCAUACCUAUCAGUGCUAUGCGACCUAUUUAUAUGCAGCCAGUCACUGAAUUGGUCCUGAAGAGUGAAAGAUCUUGAAUUUUUGUAGCUUCUAGACUGAAUUUCUACCGUAGAUUGGGCAUUGAGCGUCAUUAGUGUAACUAGUUUAACUCGUCAUUUGAGCUGCUCAGCUGUGUUUUCAGCUGUUAUCUUACUGGUAACAUCAACCCAGCCCACUGUCUGAGGAAAUUACAUCAAUUUUGGACGAUUCCGCGCCUCACGAUUUACGCCCAAUGCCAACGUUCAGUGCCAAGGCAUGAAGCAGUGCAACACCCAGGGUUACUGGUGAUGAAAGCAUGUGUGCUUUACUAAACUAGCGUUCCAAGAACAGUCAUUGAGCAGCUGCUUUGUCAAAAAUACAACAGAAGAUCAACUGUUGUAUCAGUUUACAUAAUAGUCAAACAAACUCAGUGUUUUAUUGAAGAAGAAGAAACCAAUAGUCUGUCUCUUUGCAUUAUGCCAUGAGCAGCCGCGAUCUGAUUUCAUGCUGCACACGGCUCCAGACAUCAGGGGACAUUAAAAGGAGUUGGUUAGCUUGCUGUGGAGUUAGAGGCGUGCAGCUCUUCGUCAUUGUGGCUGCUCCAUCCGGUUCCAGUACUCCCUGGGAUAUUUAAAACUAUUUCGAAAUGACUGUUAUCUUGUUUUGUUUUUUUCCAGAGGAAUUUUUGAUGAACAAUCUCAGUCAGGGCUAACCUAAGUGACAAAUAUAUUGCGUUUCCUGUGGCUGCUUCACAGUAAAAGCCACUGUGUGUUUUGCUAGUUUAAUGCUUUUAAUGUGAAGCAGGAGCAGGUUAGCAUUAGCCGUUACUUAAUCCAGCUCAGAAAUGGCAUCUACAUUGUAUUAGUAGUAGUUGCCAUACGCAGUUAAUUUACAAAGCAAGAGUUUUGAAAACGUUGGCAUUGGAUGAAAUGCCGAAAAAUAAAUAAAUGAAUAAAUAAAUAGGUUAUUGGACGUAUUUCAGGGCUUUAUAGAAUCGAUGUUUCGCUGUCUGGUGUUAUGGUUAAAUUAACCUGUUACCCCAUUUUACAACGCUGCUGUUUGUUUAAAUACUAAAUGUUAGUAUGCAGUGUGCUCCUCUGUGCACAGACACAGGGAGUGAUAUAGAUUUAUAAUUUAUAUUCUACUCAAGAAAUUAAUCAGGAAGUCAGCACAAUACUGCACAGUUAACUUUUACAGCUGUCACCAGAAGGAGGCAUGCAGUGAUUGAUUGUUAGGAUAUGACAAUGGUAAUUUGUACCACUUUAUGUUUUGCUUUUAUUAUGUCCGUGUAGCUUUAAAUCAGUCGCCUGCUCACUCGUACUGUCCCUAACACCACCGUGAGCCCUGCUCUCUGUAAAUCGCUCUAGUUCAUCUCCAUUGUACGUUCAAAUCAAGUUUGCAAAUCAUUUAUUAGUACGUUACAUUGUUUUAUCUUUUUUCAGAACUAUUAAAAUGCAAGAUUUUCUGUUGAUCCUUUCAACCUCUGAAUGCUAUCACAGAUGUACAUAACUUAUUUUAUCACAGAGAUAAAUGGCUUUUAUGAGGAAGGAAAGACCAGGGCUAAGUGAUCUGUUUUUUUUUUUAAACAAAUGUAUUGCCUUACUAUGAUUGCCAUUCUUUCCUACUGUAUGUGAAUGCCAAUAAAGUAUUUGACUUUUCUAAAUUUCAA